AUACUUGUGUGCAUAUAUGAGUGGAUAUGUCCGCCUGCAGGAAAGUGGUGGGAGUCAGAGACGAAGCCAGAAAUGACUAUCCCAUCAUGCACUGUACAUGCGAUUUACUUACGAAAGAAAACUGCAGUGCGUUCUUCAGUCUCUGCAGCGGAACGUCGAUUGCUUGGGCAGACGUGAGAGGAGACAAGUAAAAAACUGCGAAAUCUAUGUGGGAAGAGAAAUUAAGAUGGUCGAUCCGAAGAUGAAACUGAAAAACACUAUAGCCGUAGAGAAAAAUGAGAUCAAUCCUCAUGAAAUACCUGCAAAAUUGAAAUAUAUGCAUCGGCCGCCCAGAAUCACUCCCAACUAUGGCAACAAAAGGUACUGCAUGGCAAAUGCAUUCGUUCUGAAAACUAAGCUUUCCCGUGUUCUACUCUAUGAUAACGUAACUCAGCAGUUUCUUUUGGGGCGUAAAUUAAACAGCAUUAACAGUGAACAAGAGAAAGUUGCCCGACUAUGUGAUCUUCACAGAAAGACAUUCUUUAACCAAAGUUACUUAAAAGACUUACGUCAGCAUCACUUUGGAAAACGUAGUGACGCUAACAUGGCACUGAUAAGUGCUCAAUCAGACCCGAGGACAAAUAAUGGACACUUUCGAAACCCUUCUCUACAAGAUUUUAAGGCUCCAAGGACGACAGAGUUGCCUCCAUUGAGGACUGCAAAUUCAAAUUUAGAACAGAAUCUAAAAUCGACACUGUUGUUCAAAAACAGACAUCAAAGUCACCCAGAAAACGAUUCCUCGAAAUUUGGUGACAUCGGUUAUCAGCGGGGUAAGCUUCUCAAAUUAGAUAAACGUUUUCUUUCGCUCGAGAAACUUCUAACUCCGUUUACUUAAAUGAUGCGGAAAGCAUUUUAUAUUAACAAUGACUUGAAGUGAGUAGGAGUCUUACUUUGGUUGUAAAAUCAUGAAUGAAUUACGUCAUUGAUGCAUUCAGGGGGGAAUUCUGCCAUCAUAAAAUUUCGUUAUCAAUCCCCAAUAAAUCACUUGUUACAUGUUUACAUAA